AUCAUGACUGACAUCAAGGAUCGAAUAAUUGAUACAAUCGACCUUACUGAUGAAGUAGCCGGAUCUGUCCGUAUUGACCGCAAGUUGGCGUCGCGGGUCAUAUCGAUGUUUGAAGAAGGAUUUACGGUUCCCUUCAUCGCACGAUAUCGGAAGGAGGUCACAGGCGGAAUGGAACCUGCUACUCUGCACCGACUCAAGGAGAAGAUAAACAGUUGCAAGAUGUUAAUAGAAAAGAUUGACAAGUCCUUUCAGUACUUUUCAAAACAGGGUCUGCUGACGGAAGAUUUGUCCAGACAGUUGAAACAGUGCAAGUCGACUGAGGAAGUGAAACUUCUGACAGAGCCACUUAAACCAAAGGGUCCUCGUACUCUGUCUGCGCGGGCAAAAGCAGUCAAUUUGGAACCAGUGGCCAUGGAAAUUUUGAACUCUUCACAUCCUGUCGAUCUGUUUCGAAGAGCUCCUCCAGAAGCAAUCAAGGCUUUUGGUUCUUCACUACACGAAGCUGUUUGUCACGUGAUUGCAGACGUAUUUGCCAAGGAUCUUGAACUGGUACGGCAUGCAGAGAUGUUAUGUAUUCGUCAUCCUCCUACAAUGUACACUACUCGGAAACAAUGUCGAGCAAAACAAGGAGGCAAGAAAAACAAGAACAAGGCUGGGAAUCUGGAACUAAUGGACGUGGACAGUGAUGACUCGACGAUGGACACGGAAGAAAACUCGAACGCGACGCAGCGGCAAAAUUUCACAAAGGAUGAUCUCGUGACGUUUAAGAACUAUCUGCAGUUUUCCCGAAUUACGACCAAAUUGCACGCCCACCAGAUUUUAGCGAUCAAUCGUGCAGCCGAUCGGGGUGUCAUAACCGUUCGAAUCGUGCUGCCACCUGUCGUUCAGAUUCAAUCUCGGGAGUUCAUGGUCAGAAAGUAUUUUCGCUCUAUCCAUCAGGGUAACAUGGAUUUGGUACAUUCAGCCUUCUCCGAUGCGUGGAAGCGGCUAAUCGAGCCACAUCUGAUUCGAGGUAUACGCUCCAAGUUGACGGCCCAGGCACAGGACACUUCCCUAGAUGUGUUCUCGGAGAAUCUGCGCCGCCGACUCAUGACAGCACCUCUGCGUGCUCCAACCACCCCGGUCGGUGGUGUAUCACACGGCGGUGAUCCUGGUGAUGGCGUGAUCUCCUCCUCUUCUGCGGCCCCUGGAGAUCGCCUACCGGUGGUUGGUUUAGACCCAGGUUGGCGACAUGGUUGUAAAUGGGCUGCAUGCGAUCCGCACGGGGAUGUGAUCAGCACCGGAAUAGUCUGGCCACCAACAACUAUAGACCCGGCAGGACAGCGUGGUGCUCGAUGGACACAUAGACAGGCAGAUAACGGUCUGGCGAACCUGACUGCAACCAUGCAGAGGAAUAACAUCCAAACAAUCGCCCUCGGAAAUGGUCAGGGAAGUCGUCAGACUGGUAGGUGGCUUGCCGAGCUCAUUACCAUGGGACACUUUCGUCCCCUCUCAGUCCGUUUCGCAGUCGUCAGUGAGGCGGGCGCUUCUUGGUACAGUGCCUCAGAACUGGCCACCUCUGAACUACCCCAUUUGGAUGUUAGUCUGCGUGGUGCCGUAUCAAUAGCUCGUCGAUUGCAAGAUCCGCUCUCAGAACUGGUCAAGGUGGAACCGAAACACCUCGGCGUAGGGAUGUAUCAACACGACCUGCCGGAGAAACGUCUAGUUAGCGCAGUCAAUGCACUGAUGGAAGAGUGUAUCAGUUUUGUUGGUGUGGAUUUGAACGCUGCUCCGUUGCACAUCCUUUCACGAAUAUCUGGAUUGUCGGAGGCAAAGGCCAAGGCAAUAGCCGAAUAUCGAUCUCAGGUUGGAGCUUUCCGAACCCGAAAUGAGUUACUUAAGGUCAAAGGUAUUGGACCGACGACGUUUGCUCAGUGUGCUGGAUUUGUGCGCAUUCGUCCCCCUUAUUCGACUGUGAAAUUGGACGGAUCAAAGGAUGUGGACAUGAUCUCAAUCUCCAGUGACGAUGACCAUUCAGACCUACCCGUCUGCCCGGGUUCCAAACGCAAGCGUCCUACUAUCAGUACAUCAAAACGGAAACAAAAACAACCGCGCACCGUUUCGGAGGUGGUUUCUUUCAAUCCACUAGAUCAGACUGCAGUUCACCCAGACACUUAUGAUAUUGCUCGAAACAUCAUCGACUCUCUUGGCUUUGAGCUUCCGGAUGUGGGAACAGCCGCGCUCCGUCAGAAGGCCAAUGCUCUUUUCAAGGCAUCUGAUCGGGAUGAGAGGCUGAAGCGUUUUUGUGUGAACAAUUUUGGAUUGGACACUGUGCGUGACAUUGUGGAAGCUCUCAGUCGACCGUUGGACUUCGAUGAACGAGAAGACCACUUCCUCCCGUUGUUUCAUUCAUCGGCUAUGAGUUUGACAGACCUAAAACCCGGUAUGCGUGUUAGCGGGCGGGUCGAAAAUGUGACCACGUUCGGAGCGUUUUGCGACAUAGGCGUCCAUCAGGACGCUUACAUUCCACGACACUUGUAUCCGCGGACAAAACAAGCUGCAACGGACAAUGGGCUGUUCACCCUUCGUUUAGGUGAUCGGAUCUCUGCGGUGGUUGGUCAAGUUCAAGUUGCUCAAGGUCGAAUCACGUUAGAUCAGGUGACGGUCUUACCGUCGAUUAACUUUGAGUCACGCGUAGGUUUGACUAUCCCUCAGUUGUCCGCAUGCAUGGCAUCAACAGGUACGCAAGUCUGUCUUCCAGGUGCCAUGCAGUAUCAAGAUCCGCACACCAACCAACGACUACCGGAAUGUUGGCUCUGUAGUGUGGGUUGCGGUCGUCCCUUCCGAGGCCAGUCUCGUUACUCCGACCAGCGAUGCGAUCACAAAGAAAGCAUGAGAAAACGAGUCAAGGCAGGCUCAGCAAACGGGACAGGAACGAGGGUGGAUCAACUGGUCAGCUUAGCACAUUCACACAUGCCAAUACUCAAAUGUCAUCCGGGACGGCCUUUGUGGCAAGGCCGAGUAGAGAUGAGCAAA